AUGAAAAGACAUCAAAGUGGAGCGGAAAAAAGGAAAAAAAUCUUAAAAAUCCAGGAAUUUGUUGAAAGUAAAAAAAAUGCAUUUCAUAAAUAUCUGUUAGUAAAUAUCGAUAUCGAGUUACCUGUGCCAUCAACAUCUUCUUUUGAACCUUGUCACAGACCAAUAAGUGUUGAAAAAAGGGAAGAAGAAGGAGAAAGUGAACAUCAGGUUGAUGAAAAAAAUAGUGAGAUAACAGAAGACAGAGAAAAUCCUGAUAAAUUGUAUAAUAAGAAAAAUGAAGAAAUUAAUGAUAUAGCCUUAUAG